CUUUUUCUAGACGAACAGAUCAAGUAGCCGACGGAUGCUCCCGCUAAGGGACAAUCGCACUAGUCCCAAGUCGAACCUACAAGUCAGCCACAUACGUCCUCGAUUUUUCGUCAGCCAAUCAGACCACGUGCCUCCUGGUACCUACAUCGCCAUCAAUACUGGACCCAACCAUAGAAGAGUUAGAAUUUAAACGAAUUACUUCUUCUAGUAGUACAGCAACAGUCCUCAAUUAUGAGAAAACGAUCUCGUGCUUGUGAAGAAUGUCAUCGACUCAAAAUCAAGUGCGACGUUGGCACAUCCUCGUCAGGAAUAUGCGAUCGAUGUACUCGUAACAGCCUGGAGUGUACACCAGCAGCACCACGCCUUCAACGCGAUCGCAUCAAGGAGCUCGAAUCCCAAGUCCAGGAACUUAGGAAUGUAUUGCGGGAACAAAGCAACAGUACGACGCCCAGUCGGUCUCCGGGUAGCCUGCCGCUGCUGGAGAACAGCCACGAGAAUGCAAUUCUAUCUCUUUUGGACGCUCGCAUCCCGCUUAGCAGACAGCAGCCUUUACUCGACUUCUACUUGCAUCACGCGGGAGCUGCAUGGCCCCUAAUCCGCGUGCCUUCCGAUUUGGACCGGAUUCGUUUAAAGUCGCCAAUCCUGUUACUAUCCAUUUUGGUGUAUACAGUCACCCAUGCCACACAAGGUACGGAGCUAGAGGUACAUGAUGAGCUUGUGCGAGAGACGAUGCACAUGUUAGGCGAGGAAGUAGUUGGUCGAGGGCAGAGGUCUCUGGAACUCGUACAGGCGCUUCUGGUGGCUGCACUCUGGGUGAAGACUACACGAAAAGGGUAUCAAGGGAGUUGUUACCAGAUUGUUCAACUGGCCGUUGACAUGGCUAUUGAUAUUGGAAUUGCCGGCUUUGCGCUGCAGCCAUCUCCAGUGGCUUACUUCGACCGGCACGAGGAUGAAACGUCGGCAGAGGCCCGGCGUACCUGGCUCGCUUGUUUUGUGGCGGCCUCGACUUCGUCCAUGAGUAUGCGCCGACCCAGUGCAGUGUCGUGGGACGGCCAUCAUCAAGAAUGCAUGUUGUAUCUCGAAUGUGUUGGAGAUCCACUUGACAUGCUUAUGUGUCAAAUUGUCCGCAUCACCCAGAUAAUUCAAGAGAUCUCAAAGCGCUUGUCCCUUUGCGAAUUGACGUCGUUCGUUGAUGCCAACGACUACUCCAUUCAUACUGUAAUGGAGGAAUUGAAGAGCAAAGUGGACGCAUGGGCAGCACAAAUCCCAACUCAACUAGCAUCCUCAUCCACUCUCAACGUGCUGCGGCACAUAGCCAUGAUAUACAUUUACGAGCCCGUCCUGCACACCCCCACCAACAAGCCAUCCUUCGCAGCGCCAUUCAUCCCGGGACGCAUUCCCAUAAAAGACUUUCCCAAACCACUCGUCGCUAUCCCGCCUCUCCAAAGCGCUCUAGAAGCUAUUGUCUUCCACUGCCACAGCGUCAUUGACACUAUCGCCGAAAUGGACCCUGAGAUUGCGAUCAGCCUCCCCACGUUUUGCUUCACUCCAACGGUAGUCUACGCCCUUUUCGUGCUGGUUACCGUUCUUGUGGCAGGAACUGACCCUGCAAACACAUACGGACGGUUUCUGCCGACAGAGAUUUUUCACAUUGAGGAAUGUGGGUUGAAGUUGAGGGAAUUGACGGCAAAAUUGAAGGAUAUCGAUCCCACAAUGAGUUGCUACACGGUUCGCAUGUUUGAUGCGACGAGUUGGUUGGAGGAGUGGUAUAACAAUUACACUGCUAUCCUUCGAAGGUACGAGUCUAACCUUGCCAAUUAGUAAUGGUGUAAAGUCGGUAUCCCCGACUGCCUUUUCGAAUAGCAUGAUAAAACGCAUGGAUCGGGAUUUGCGUCGCUGCGUAAUUGCAUAGCAUCUAGUAGUGGGUGAAAUAUACAACGUGGAAGCAAUGAAAAGUCAA